GACCGUUCCAACUCCAUAGCCACUAUUUCUCUCUCUCUUCUCUCUCUCUCUCUCUCUCUCCCCAGAAAUCAACAAACCGCAAGAACAAAGACCGCAGACAUAAUGUCUCGCCACAGAAGGCAAGCUUCUCAAGUCCUUCCGCCGGAGAUAUUCACCGGAAAUGAGCCAUUAGGUGACAUAGGACAGGCAAUUGCAGGCCAUCAUCUUCAGGGUCGCCAUGGUUCUAGUGCUGCUAUCAGUGAAAGAUCCACAAAUAUUCAGCAUCUUCAGUCUCCCACCACCACCGCCACCGCUAGUCCUCCAAGUACAGUUCCUGCCAAGAAUCUUCCGCCUGCAAAACCUGCAUGAAAUUUGUACUACUGCAUGUUUCACUCCAAGAUAAUUGGACUUGCAAUAAAAUGUCUGCUUCUCUUCUUUCUUUC